UGCAGUUGAAAAUACUUGAGAGGGGAGGUUGAAUCCAUUGAUUUUUCUGACGAUGAAGCCUAUCUUUGAAGACAUAGAGAGACACGUUUUAUUUUGGUAGGAGCCCUUUCAUUUCUGUGCACAGCCAUCGAAAGAAGGGCUUAUGUGCUCCUCGCUACUUGAUUUCGGAGUAGGGGUGUUGUGUGUUGCUGGGGUAGAGUCCGUUUUAGCAGCACUUCAUCAACAUGGCUUUGUUUGGUGUGCAGCUGGUGGUUACCAUGAUAAUGGCCAGUGUAAUUCAGAAAAUUUUACCUCAUUAUUCCUUCGCAAGAUGGCUCCUGUGCAGUGGCAGUCUGCGGUGGUAUCAGCACCCCACGGAAGAUGAGUUAAGGAACUUGGCUGGGAAACAAAAGGGACAGAAAAGGAAAGACAGGAAGUACAAUGGUCACAUAGACAAUAAACCGCUAACCGUUCCAAAGGACAUAGACCUGCAGCUGGAGACAAAAUGCAUCACAGAAGUCGACACGUUAGCAUUGUAUUACUUCCCUGAGUUCCAGUGGCUGGUGGAUUUCACAGUAGCAUCUACUGCAGUGUAUCUGAUCACAGAGCUUUACUACAGCGUUGCUCAGCCCUCUGGAGAGAUGAACAUCAGUGUGGUCUGGUGCCUACUUGUACUCGCCUUUGUCAUUAAAAUCCUCUUUUCCCUCACGGCCCACUACUUCAAGCUGGAGGAAGGAGGCGAACGAUCCCUCUGCAUCACAUUUGCUUUCUUUUUUUUUGUCAAAGCUAUGAUCAUUCUCAUUGUUACUGAAAACUACCUGGAAUUUGGUCUGGAGACAGGUUUUGCAAACUUUUCUGACAGUGCUCAACAAUUUCUGGAGCAUCAGGGCUUAGAAUCACAGGGCCCCAUAUCUAAGCUCACCUUCAAGCUGAUCUUGGCCCUGCUCUGCUCUCUGAUUGGAGCAUUUCUAACGUUCCCUGGCCUACGAUUGGCCCAAAUGCACCUAGAUGCACUUAACCUAACCACAGCAAAAUUUACGCAAACUCUGCUUUAUAUCAACUUCCUCUCCCCCCUCAUUAUGGUCCUGCUAUGGGUGAAACCCAUUACCAAGGACUACAUAUUGAAUCCCACUCUUGGGAAAGAGAGCGUGCCUUUGAUGAGCGAGCAGACGUAUGAUUCGUUGCGGUUAUGGGUUAUUAUACUGAUGUGUGUGCUCCGACUCGUCAUGAUGAGACAUCACCUGCAGGCCUACCUCAAUCUGGCACAGAAAGGUGUGGACCAGAUGAAGAAGGAAGCAGGACGGAUAAGUACAGUUGACCUGCAGAAGAUGAUUGCACGUGUUUUUUACUACUUGUGCGUAAUCGCACUACAGUAUGCGGCACCACUGGUGAUGUUGCUACAUACAACUUUGCUGCUAAAAACUUUAGGUGGUCACUCCUGGUGGGUCUAUCCUGAAGAAGACUUGCCUUGCCUCCAUGAGAUAAACUCUGAUUCUGUUAUCGGAACAGAACAAAUAGCACCUCUAAAACCAGACACAGUGGUGGAAACUGGAGCCCGGGCAUCUGUGGCCCAACUCUCAAUGGCUCUUGGGGGCUUACGAACUGUUUUUAGCCCCUUACUUUUCAGGGGCCUGUUCUCCUUCUUCACCUGGUGGAUUGCUGCCUGUCUGUUCUCCACCUCUCUUUUUGGCCUCUUCUACCAUCAGUAUCUCAUGGCGGCAUAGCAUCAGCAGCAAUCCCAAAAUGUGGCAUUUAAACCCCUGCUUUUCUGGACAAGGUCUGAAAAGGACUUAAUGGGGGGGGCUGCAGGGGCCCUCUCAUGACUCUGCUCCACAACUCUUCCUCCUUCUCCUCCAUGUUUCUGACCCCCUCAGAACAACUGAUCAUAUCAUCAGAGCUCUUGGUUUUACUCCCAGUGCUUCCUCCAUAGAUGACUGUGAACUCUUAUUUGAUUUAACUUGCAUAGAAGUGAUGUUUUUCAUUAAUUUGAGCAGCAAAAGCUCUAAGUCUUUACAAGGCUCACCAUUAAACAAUGAGAGGUUAAUAAGUCAGUGUCAUCGGUAAAGUGACGUAAAAACUCGACAGACAGAUUUAUUAAUUUUACACAAUAAAAUAAUCAGAGAUUCUGAUUGACAUUAGGAAAUGGAAAAAUGGCUUUCAUGCAAUUCUGCUUCUCUCCAUAGAAACUGAUGGCAAAAGCCAUUUAGUGACUGCAAGCUACAUGCCGUUAUUUGGUCAUUUCAAACAUUCUCAGAUAUCUUUAACUAUAAUUAAAACAUGAUGCAGCUCCUUUAAUGCUUUCCAAGAAGUCAAUUAGAGUACUAAUUUUAAUGUUAUCAUUUUCUUUAAAUUAUCUCUGAUUUCAAUGAUCGCCAGGUCAUUCUUUUAAUCGUAGCACAUUUUAGCGAUUUUACUGGUAUGAAAGUAAAAUCACUACAAUUUUACUGAUUUAACUUGAAAAUUUUGAAAAAAACGCAAAAUCUAUUUAAAAUCUGAAACCUGAUGCUCCCCCUCUACUAAGAUAUUCAAACAUAUUGAUUAGAAUAAUUACAAAAUUAUUACUUAUCAUUUUUCUUCAACAUCUAUUUUGACAUGCAGCUCUUCAAGAGUAACAAUCGGAGUCAAAUAUAUUUGACGUUAGCUGAUUGUUUUGAAGCUAAUUGUUUAAGUCUUAGUGGACUGGCCAGCAUUACUGCCACUCAUAUGAAAUCCACAGUAAUGUUUAGAGAAAAGUGUUCAUUAAAAAGACAGGUGAGUUGUCCUCUUUUAGUUCCCACUGACUAACUUUUCAAUUUGGAAAUAUUCUUGUCGAAGGAAAUAAAUGCCCAUUGGUGGAUUGUAAAGAAACUGCACUUAAAUCACAGAAUAUCUGGAUUAUUCUAAUCAGACUGUUUUCUUUUCCUUAUCAUUUUUGUGUUUUCUGUUUGUUUAGAAACUGAUUUUGUUCACUGCUUGGUUCCGUCUUGUACAGGUCAUUUCUCCUCUCCACCGGGUCUUAUAGGUUUGGUCUCUUUGUUCCCAACCUUUUUUGGAUAAUAAAGUUGGUUGUCUACCUCGGGAUGUUUUGCAAACACCAUGCGUGAGUUUGUGUUCAGCAUGGGGACAUUUUGUACCUGCUUUGACAACCAGCGGUUUUAAAUAAGUGUUCUACAAUCUACUCGCAGACUACUGUAAGGAAAUGUGUUAUGACUAUAAAGCUAUUAAUUAGCUUUCUGCUGGAGGUUGCUCACAGUUUUGGUUUAAUCUGAGGUCAUAAAGUGUCGAAUUUUAAAAGACCCAAAAUGACCCACACAGGGAUAUGAACCACAAUCUUGGGGAAAUUGGAUUUAUUUUAAUUAUAUUUGUUUGGCAUUUAUUUUUCUUUAUAAUUAACUACCUAAAGAAACAAACCAUUGCUCUAUGGUUAAGUACAUGGAAGGAGUUUGGGACCAAAAGGAAACAGAACAGGGUUAUGAGUUGUUCUUCACUCCUGAAGUCUCUUUAAAGUUUUGCGUUAUUAAAAAAAAAUUACCUGUUUUUUAUUAUUAUUUAUUUUGUACCUGAAAUGUCUCACAUAGUCUUAAAACGUUGUAUUAAGGACCAGUGAAUUUCUGCUCGGAAGUGCUGUAGUCCAGCUCAGGCUUCUAGAGUUGGAGAACGAGAGCUGGACUCGCAGAAGACAUGAGAUCGUUUCUCCUCAGCUUGAAGUCGAUGUGCUUAGAGUCGGCUGACUGAGCUCGCCAUGCAGGACAAAGUUGAAUUUCAAAAUGGAAGGAUUUCUGGUGUGUUUGUCUUGUUUAUAGUUUACCUUCAUGGUUUUACUUGAGCCAUUGUAGUCGGUGUGUGAGGGGACUCAGUGUGUGUGGGGCUCAGUCGGGGUAACGGCUUAUACCCCUGUCUUUCUGCUGGUAUGUGUUCACUGCUGAUCGUCAGCUGUAUACUCAAAGGGCAUUGUUAUGAAGAGAAGUCAGCUGCUGUUAAGAUGACAUAGUUUGUUUUUUUUUAUCUCAAACAUUUAAUUGUGCAUUUUUAAAAAUUUUUUCUUAAAAUGGUGCCAAGUAAGGGUCCUAACACCCAACUACUCUGUGCUUUGUUGCUGAAGGUCUUAUUUCUGCUACUUUGUGAAACUGCACUACAACUCUGCGGCCUUCAGUUUCAGCCUUCAUCUGACUUGUUACAUUGGGAAUUAUUGGUUGUGGUUCACACAAGAACUACAUGAGUUCAGUAAGUCUUUUUGGAUUGUUCUUCGUCAGUAGGAACAUAUAAAUAUGCGCACAAGGAAUCAUUGUGCUUUUGACUCACUGGCCAACACACUUGCCCAGUGUUAUUAUGGAUGUAGAGCACAUUGUGUCAGGUUGAUUCAAAUGACCGUUUUCUUUGGUUCAGCUGUUUAUCUUUGGGCUUAAUGCGUGAUCAAGCUGGAGUUUACGAACUCCGGGCAUCGGUUUUGUAUACAGCCACAUAUUCCAGCAACACCAUAUCAUUUUUAAAAUCCUGAUUUUCAGUCUUAGCUUUUGUUUGUAUCUGUUUGAAAUGAUGGAGAAUAUGCACAUAGUGAAUGUAUCAAUCCUGCCUGAUUUUUAGAUUGCGUUUUAAUAAAUUGAUUUGAGUUGAUUUAACCCCCUUCCACCUACUUCCCUGCGAUUUUCAAAUUCAUUCCUUGUCAAAUGUGUUUAAUCUGAAUCUCAUACUAAUCAUAUUUGUCAUAAUCAUCUAUUUUUUGAUCUACUUUUUAAAAAAUAUUUAUUUACUUAUGUCUGCAAACAUUUCUAAUUUGAAUUGUAAGCUGUUCAUUUUGUUGUUGAAGUGGACAACGGCUAAAGUCUCAAUUUUAUUUUAUUUUUUUGCUUUUUUAUGUGUUUGACAAAUCUGUGAGAGAUUACCUUUUAUUCAAUAGCCUGGUCUGGGUAAUUGAAAAUAAUAUUUUGGAUAUUUUUAGAAUCCACUGUGCAGAUGAACAGAGGUUGAUAUUUUCAGUUUUUUUACCACUGUAACUGUUUAUUACUCAUUCUUGGGUUCACAAACUAAAAUAACACAUGUUGUUCUGUUGUGUAUUUAUUUCUGCUUUAGAUUUUGUCUUAAAUAAAUUAUGUUCUUUA